AUGUCUGAAGUUCAAGUUCCCAAGAACCAACCGGUGAAGCUCACCAUGACUCACUAUCGCCAACAACAACACUCGCACGAGGCUUUCAUAAACUGGAUCGUCCAAGACCAUCUGCCGCUCGCUAUACCCGUUUUUGAAAAAUAUGGGCUUACUGAAUACAGCCUGUUCAUUACGCCAUCUUCUCUCAACGACUCAUUGAAGCAAGCUAUAGGAGAAUCUUGCCCUACCUGGGAUUUCGCUGAUUUCGACUGCUUUAUUGAAUACAUGCUUCCGAGUGUAGAGACUGUCAUGAAGAUUAUGUCAGACCCGGAUUGGCAGAUAGCAAUCAAGGACGAGGAUAAGUGGGUUGAUAUGCCCAAGGCUCUGAUUUCGGUGGGUUAUAGCACUGGGAAUCUACUAAAUAAGGACCCUGCAAUUUCUUUGUCUGAGCAUAUGAAAUUGGGGAAGUGA